CUUCGCUUGUUGUGACGCAGCUCCGCCCGCUUUGUACUCUUCGGCUCUGGUGAGUGAAGCGCAAAAUGGCGGACGGAGAGCUGAACGUGGAUAGUCUGAUUGCCCGCCUGCUAGAGGUAAGAGGAUGUCGUCCUGGGAAGAUUGUGCAGAUGACUGAAGCAGAAGUCCGAGGACUCUGUAUAAAAUCUCGAGAAAUAUUCUUAAGUCAACCCAUCCUUUUGGAGUUGGAAGCUCCACUAAAGAUUUGUGGCAAACGGAGAUUUAACAUUAAGUUAUGGAAGACCUUUACAGAUUGCUUCAAUUGCCUGCCCAUUGCUGCAAUUGUGGAUGAGAAGAUCUUCUGCUGCCAUGGAGGUUUGUCACCAGACUUGCAGUCUAUGGAACAGAUCCGCCGGAUCAUGAGACCAACAGAUGUUCCCGAUACAGGUUUACUCUGUGACUUGUUGUGGUCAGACCCAGAUAAAGAUGUGCAAGGCUGGGGUGAGAAUGAUCGUGGCGUUUCUUUCACAUUUGGUGCAGAUGUAGUUAGUAAAUUUCUGAAUCGGCAUGACCUCGAUCUCAUUUGUCGAGCUCACCAGGUGGUAGAAGAUGGAUAUGAGUUUUUUGCCAAGAGACAACUGGUCACCCUGUUUUCUGCUCCCAACUACUGUGGAGAAUUUGAUAAUGCUGGUGGCAUGAUGAGUGUGGAUGAAACAUUGAUGUGCUCUUUUCAGAUAUUGAAACCUUCAGAAAAGAAAGCAAAGUACCAGUAUGGGGGAUUGAAUUCUGGCCGCCCAGUGACACCACCUAGGACAGCCAACCCCCCAAAGAAGAGGUGAAGAGCGCAUCCCUGUAUUGAAGCACCAUCUGAUUCCCAUCAAGACAAACUCCACAAUGUGUGCACUGUAAAAUCACUCAACCAUUUUGAUUCCCUUUUAAAAUGUCACAUGCAUUUACCUUCACGAGACUGGUAAAAUUAUAUAAAAAAAUAUAUAAAAAAACCUUCAAGUUAAAUGUUUAAAUUUGCUUCACUCAAAUGUCAAAAUAAUUUUGGACAUGUUAAUAGUCCAAAGCUACAAAACAGAAUCAGACUAUUUUCUGUUCACGAAGGGACCUGCAAGAAGUUUGAAAUUAAAGAAGCAAAGUUAAGUUUGUUACAGCAUUCUUUCAUGUUAACCUUUUCACUGCUGUUCUGGACUGCAGUGUCCUGCAAUUGACCGUAAUAUCCGUAAUACUUACACUGCAGCAUUGAUUUUGAUAACACCAUCCAGUGCCAGAGAAGUUUGUGGAGCAGUUAAACAUUACCAUGGUCUCUUCAUCACUGCUUUUAUUUGUGUUUCUUUGUUUUUCUUUCUUUUUUCCCCACUUAUUUUUGUGUUAGUUGUAAAUUCCAAUCUGCAUAAAUCAUUGACCAUGUGUGCUCUGUGGUAUUUGACUCUUCACUCCCCCCCCCAACUGGCUUUAUGAUUUGUUUUUUUCCGUGCUUUGCUCUGCUUAAAAAAUACUUUUUUAAGUAAAAUAUGGUUUUACCAUUAGAGUUUUUCCCUUUCUUGGUACAGAUUAUAUGUGCCACACUUGUCUUUAGCUUGCAUUCUGAAUUGUUCAGCCAGUAGAAAUCCAAUGUAUUAUCUACCCUUGAUGUGAAACGCGUAUUGGCACAUUAACAAGGCUUACAUGAUAUGCUCGAAAUGUCUUGUCACAAUUGCCCCUUUGCCUCCACAUGCAAAGGAGUUUGUUUUAACCUGUUAUUUGUUUUACAAACAAAUAUAUUACAGCAUGUAUAGACUAAAUGUCCACUCAAAUUAAUUAUCUUGCUCAUAAACUUUAAUUUAGAUUACAAAUACACUUUUUGUAUGUAAAAUUAAAAUCUCUGCUGGAGCAACAUUGUAGCAUUUUUCUUUGUUGCUCAUGGGCCACUUUAAUUUAGAAAACCUAAUUUUGCAUAUAAUGUGCUGUUUUCCCCAUUUUCAAUGUAAAUUAUUCAGCUCCUUCGUUGUAUUUUGGAAGCAGCAGUAAGCAGAAAUAAUGAACUUUUGUGAAGGAGCUGUAUGGUGUGCAAGCAAUCCACUGUUUUAAUCUUUUUUUUUUCUUUUUUUUUUUUGUGUUCCUACAAUUAAAUCAAUAAAAUGUCAUUAGAAAUA